GCAAGAUUACAGCAAGGAGCAACAUGUCUAUGACGAGGAGGCAUUCGUAUACACCGCGGCCCACCGGCAUGGCCGUCCGCAGGUCGAGUCUGGACGUCGCCCCCAAGUCCAUCAAGGUGGGCUCCCAAGUGGAGGUCAUCGGUAAAGGUCACCGCGGUACUGUGGCCUACAUCGGCGCCACGCUCUUCUCCACCGGCAAGUGGGUGGGCGUUAUCUUGGACGAGCCCCACGGCAAGAAUGACGGCGACGUACAGGGCAAGCGCUACUUCACCUGCGAGGAGAACCACGGCAUCUUUGUGCGGCAGUCCCAGAUCCAGCUCACUGAAGAUGGAGCAGAGUCCACUUCAUCCGACACCCCGGAACUGACCUCCAGGUUCUCCCAACAAGAGAAUCUGGAGUCCCCAAAAUCAAACAAGACGAUGCCAGCUCUCAAGAAGAGCACACCGCGACAUGCCAAGUGGAACAGCCCUGGUCGCCUUACCCCUUCCAGCUCUCUGCCAUCCUUAAUUAUGCCCCCUCGAGUCACUGGCUCCGCUGCCUCCCAGGCGGGCAGCUCGCGGCCCCACUCCGGAGGGGGGGCGAGCGAGCCGGGCGCGCCCGCACAGGCCCUGCUGGCAGCGCCCGCCGUCCCCUCUCCCAGCAGGACGCCGGCCUCGCCCGCGGCUCCUUCCCUCGCCACGGCCAGUAAGGUGGAGGAGAGCCUGCGGGCCCAGGUGCAGGAUCUGCAGGAGAAACUGGAGACCCUGCGGAUGAAGCGGGAGGAGGACAAGGCCCAGCUGAAGGAUCUGGAGAAACAGCGCCUCCUGCUGGAGCAGCUGCAGGAGUGGAAGAGCAAGAUGCAGGAGCAGCAGGCGGACCUGCAGAGACAGCUGAAGGAGGCCAAGAAGGAGACCAAGGAGGCCCUGGAGGGCAAGGCACGGUACAUGGAGGAGAUGUCGGACACAGUGGAUGCUGUGGAGAUGGCCACGCUGGACAAGGAGAUGGCGGAGGAGAGAGCGGAGUCGCUGCAGCACGAGGUGGAUUCGCUCAAGGAGAGGGUGGAGGAGCUGACCUUGGACUUGGAGAUCCUCAAGCACGAGAUCGAGGAGAAAGGGUCAGAUGGUGCGGCGUCCAGCUACCACGUCCGACAUGUGGAAGAGCAGAACAGCAGGCUCAAAGAGGCCCUAGUCAGGAUGAGGGACCUCUCGGCGUCCGAGAAGCAGGAGCACGCGAAGCUGCGGAAGGCCAUGGAGAGGCAGAGCUCCGAGCUGGAGACGCUGCGCCUGCAGAAGGAGAGGCUGGAGGAGGAGGGCAAGGAGGCGGAGACGACCAUCGACGAGCUCAAGGAACAGGUGGACGCAGCUCUGGGGGCCGAUGAGAUGGUGGAGACUCUGACGGAGAGGAACCUGGACCUGGAAGAGAAACUGCGUGAGCUGAGGGAGACGCUCAAGGACCUGGAAGCCAUCAACGAGAUGAACGACGAGCUGCAGGAGAACUCCCGGGAGACGGAGCUGGAGCUGCGGGAGCAGCUGGACCUGGGUCGGGCCCGGGUUCGAGAGGCCGAGAGGAAGGUCGAGGCGGCGCAGGAGACGGUGGCUGACUACCAGCAGACCAUCGACAAGUACCGCGAGCUGACCGCUCACCUGCAGGAAGUGAACAGAGACCUGAGCAGCCAGCAGGACGCCAUGGCGGAGCGGAGCGAGCAGCCCGCGGCCGAGCUCUUCCAGUUUAAGAUCAAGUUCGCCGAGACCAAGGCCUACGCCAAGGCCAUUGCGAUGGAGCUGAGGCAGAUGGAGGUGUCCCAGUCCAGCAGGCACGUGGCUCUUCUCUCCUCCUUCAUGCCCGACUCCUUUCUGUGGCACGGUGGAGACCACGACUGCAUCCUACUGCUGCUGCUCGUCCCACGGCUCAUCUUCAAGGUGGAGCUGAUCAGCAGACAGACGCAGGAGAAGUUUGAGCUGCGCGAGGGCUGCUGGGAGCAAGCUGGCCUGCAGGGGGCGGUAGGGGAGCGGCUCAGCUUCGCCUCGAACCUCGUCUACUCCCUCAGCACGCUGCAGGCCACGCUGCACAAAUACAGGCAAGCUCUGAACCAGUGCAGCGUGGAGGUGUUUAAAAAGCUCGGCACACUGUACGCGGAGGUGAGCGCGCACGAACGCUCCCUGGACUUCCUGAUCGACCUGCUGUGCAAGGACCAGCUGGAUGAGACCGCGAACACGGAGCCGCUCGCUAAGGCCAUUAAGUACUACCAGCACCUGUACAGCAUCCACCUGGCAGAGCAGCCAGAGGACUGCGCUCUCCAACUGGCAGACCACAUACGGUUUACCCAGAGUGCCGUGGACUGCAUAAGGGUGGAGGCGGGCCGUGUGGAGGCGUUCCUACAGGAAGAAACGGACCUCGCCCUUCUCCUUAAGGAGGUGGGCACUUCCUGCUCCGACAUCCGACAGUUUUGCAAGAAGAUCCGUAACAGGUUGCCUGGAACUGACAUACCUGGCGUCCCAGCAGCCCUGCACUUUGGCCCGCCGGUGUCGGAGUCUCUGGAGGAGAGCAGGAGGCACCUGAGCAGGGUGGUGGAGCUGCUGAAGCAGGUGGCGACCGCCGGCUCUCAGAUGGUCGUACCACUCGCCGAGCAGGGGGGUCUCUCCGCCCAGAAACUGGAGGACCUGGCCUUCGAAGCAGCUCAGCAGGUCUACAGUUCUCCAGACGUCAGCCCCCUGGAGCGUCUGCGGCAGUCCUGCCGCACGGUCACCGCCACCAUGAGCAAGAUGGCCGCCGCAAUGCAGGAGGGCGAGUACGACGCAGAGAGAACCAUGAGCGCGAACCCCCCUCCCGUGGAGCUGAGGGCGGCCGCCGUGCGGGCGGAGAUCACGGACGCGGCGGGCCUGGGGCUGAAGCUGGAGGACCGGGAGACGGACAUCAGAGAGCUGAAGAAGUCCCUCAAGAUGAAGGUCAUGGCUUUAGGAGAGGCGAAUGUUCGCCUCAGCCUGCUGGAGAAGAAACUAGACACUGCGUCCAAGGACGCUGACGAGCGGGUGGAGAGGAUCCAGACCAAACUAGACGAGUCGCAGAGCCUUCUCAAGAAAAAGGAGAAGGAGCUGGAGGAAACCAUGGACGCCCUGCAGGCUGACAUUGACCAGCUGGAGUCCGAGAAGGAAGAACUGAAGCAGCGUCUUAGCAACCAGACCAAGUUGACCAUUGAGGGCCUGCGAGCAACACCACCGACCAGCUUUGCGUCUGUCUCCAUGACCGCAGCUGGAGGUGGCGAUGCUGAGCCCAACACGGGUGGUUGCUCUGGGCCCCCACAGGUCAUCGACUCUCCUCUCCUGUUGCAGCAGAUCAGUACCCAGCGUCUUGCCCUUAAACAGCUGAAGAAUGAGAUCUACCGCCUAAAGGCUGAGAAGAUGAAUGCCCAGUUGGCAUCCCUGCCCCCGCUGCACGUGACCAAGCUGCCUGUCGUGGGCGGCCCCAGGUCGGAGGUGCCCUCCAGCGCCCUCUACCACAAAACCAACCAAAUGCUGAAAACCCUGCUGGGGAUGAGUGCCAAGAUGAAGGUGGUGGACAUCACCCAGAGAUCACCAGUGAGCCCUAAAACGCAACUCCUGAAGCAAACUGCCUACCUGCAUUCCCUUAGCGUCAUGCUGGACAGACUAAAGGAUAAAGUGGCAGAGCACGUCCUGACCCAGCGCCCUGGAGCACGCACCUCCUCGGAGUUUGGCAUGUUCCCCUCCCCCUCUUUUAUUAAGGCCAGAGAGGAGCACAAAGAGGAGGCGGUGCUGGUGGGGAAGGUCUUGAUCCCCUGCGCCCCCGGGCAGGAGCACGUCCACCGCCUGGUCUUAUCGCGGGAGAACCUCCACAGGGUGCACCGCCUUAUGAUGCCCUAAGUCCCGUCUCUCCCUCCUAAAAGCACAAUCACAGCAAUAGCCUCCUACGCCUCCAUCUUUACCUGAAUCCCACAUACCAACGAGGAAGUCUUCAGGAUGCAGCUCUCGCUUCAUUUGGCUGCACAGUUAUCGCCCCGGUAUCUCGGACACAUCGCCAGGGGAAGCCAGUUUAUGAAAAAUUCCCACAUGAAGGCAGGCCUAAAACAUCUGUGUUGGUUUGUGACAUGAUAACUGAACUGUUGGUGAUUUAAAUGGUGUUCACAAGGUUCAGACAGUCCAAAGGGUGGCUUUGAAUGGUGUGGAAAAAAUAAUGAAAUACAAUCAAUUAAAAUGUAUACAAAUGACACAUGUUGGUAACAGUUUACACCAUGUUGUUCAGUAGGAUUGAGUGAGGAUUGUUGCUCAGUAAGAUUACCCCCCCCCCCCCCCCAAAGUUUCUUGUGUAUGGGCCACCACUAUUAAAUCCUCUCUUCCCCUCUACUAAGGUUUCUUCCUGUAUGGUAUGUUAAUCUUUUUAAUGUUUCCCAUAUGGGUUACCAUUGUUAGACACAUUUUUCAACAGUGUAUGAUGGGUCAUAUGUAAUCUUGCAGACUUUAGGGACUGCUACACAAAAAUGUUGCUCAGAAAAAUACAUCAAGUGUUUAGCAACCGCAAUGCACAAACACAGAAUAACAGUAAGUAUGCAUCUAAUACCUUAAAUGAGUGCAUACCAUUCCCUCCUAAGUGAAUUCAUGCAUUAGCCUAAAUAUGUCCAUGUUGUGAGUGAGGUACCAAGGGAAUGCAAUGCAAAGUUUUUUUAGUCUCGUUGCCUGAUUUCCUGUCGUGUUUUUGUAUCCUGGCAUCUUUAAAAGUGCCGAUGUCAUCCUUUAUAGAUUUAAACCAGGAGACUGGUUUCUCCCAUAAUUUCUCUUUUUCAUAAACAAAUCCACAGCAAUUCAUUGGUAGGUUAUAUGCUACCGGUAGAUACACGUCUGUGACUAUGAAGACUGCCCCUUUGCUGGGAACUCAUUGUGGAUGGGGAUGCUGCUGGGGGCAGGGCAAUCCAUUUGCCAAUGUUAUCCAUUUACCAACAUCUAUUCAAACCAGUUCAGAGUGUGUAUUCUAACCUUGAAAGCAAUUGUACACGUUUCUGUCCUUUUCUAUGAUCACACUGUAUUGUGUAAGGUAAUAUCAGGCCAAACGUAUUGUACAUGAAUUUGAUUUCCCUAAGCAAAGAGAUCAAUAAGACAUUUCAGAUAAUAGAACAGUCUAACAACAAAAUAGCCUUUCACUGCAGGCAAACUACCACAUACAUCUUUUGGAUUAUAGUAGGCAUGUUAACACCAAUUCAUUGUAUUCCCCUCUCCUUUCAUCAAUUGGUAUACUAGAGCGUUUGUCAGGAUUUCACCAAAGCUGGUAGGUAACUGCAUUUAUGUAUUACAUGUAAAUGACAGCUGUGUUUUGGCCUGGUUGAGGUAUAGAAGCUACCAUAGUAAGUGUGCGUUGCCAUUGCCUGCUUCAGGAUUCAUCUUCUGUGCCUUUAAGCAUCCUGUACUUGUCUUGAAGCUCAUGUUUGAGUGGGCUGCCAUCUGAAGACAUUUUUGCGCAGUGGUGGCAACCAAUGAACUCGCACUGCGUAGGCUACAUUUCGGCAAUCUAUACCAUGCAAAUGACUGGUAACAAUACUUUUAAUUCUAUAAUUGCUCCACAUGAAAACUUCUCUAGCUUUUGAUAACGCUGGAUGUUUCCAUGCAAACCAAUGGUGAAACCUUUGCAGAGUUUCAUGUGUUUAAUGUGACUGAAUAAUAGUCGGAAGAGUCUGCCUUAAAGAUGAUACCAAAGCGUCUGGGUUAAGGGGGUGUGGAGUGAGUUGCAGCCCCUGUGUUGAAGCCCCUGCUGUGAAUGGUAUGUUCCACUGCUUAGAGCAGAGGUUGCAAACAGUUCUAGCUGAUUCAACGUGUUGCAGUUAUCCACAUUGCUAGCUGGCCUGCAGACUCUGCUUCCAGGCAGAAAGCCGGGGGUCAGGGUUUGCAGGGUGAGACGAUGGCUUGCACUGAAAAUGUCGCUCUCCCCACAGUGCACUGCUGCCGGAUACUUGUAACCCAGAGCACACGGCUUGGAAUUAAGUUUUCCAAGCGACCACAGGUGUUCUUUGAUUUAUGGUGCCAAUAAAAAGUCAUUAUCUUGUGCCGCAGAGGUGUCAAGACGACUGUUGCCGAA